GCGCUGCUGCAGUUGGAUGAAUGAACUGCGACCAUGGCAGCUCCGAGCAGGAAACAACUUUUUAGGUUUCUGAGCCAAGUGGGAGCCUUUAUUUUGACCCGAUUUGGGUUUUGGAACUGCUUCAGUAUGUUGAUGUUGUUUGCUGAACGAGCAGACUCCAAAAGAAAACCGGACAUCUCAGUGCCAUACCUGUACAUAGACAUGGGGGCUGCAGUGCUGUGUGCCAGUUUCAUGUCGUUUGGGGUGAAGAGACGGUGGUUUGCGAUGGCCGCCGCGAUUCAACUGGCCAUCAGCACCUAUGCAUCGUACGUGGGGGAGCAGGUGCACUACAGCGAGUGGCUCAAGGUGAGGAUGUACUCCAGAGCUCUGGCCAUCAUCGGAGGCUUUCUGGUUUUGGCCAGUGGAGCAGGAGAGGUGUAUCGACAGAAACCUCGCACGAGAUCCUUACAGUCGACGGGACAGGUCUUCUUUGGCAUCUACCUAAUCUGCAUAGUGUACUCCCUGCAGCACAGUAAAGAGGACAGGCUGGCGUACCUGAACCACAUCGUUGGAGGAGAGCUCACCCUUAUGCUUCUGGAGGUGUUGUUUGGCGUGCUAGCGUUGGCAUUCCUCUCCGGCUGGUACAUUCGUUUAGCGGCUCAGAUUUUGGCCACUGUUCUUCCUCUGGUCAUCCUCCUCAUCGAUGGUAACCUUGGAUACUGGCAUCACACUCGUAAGGUGGAGUUUUGGAACCAGAUGAAACUAAUUGGACAUAACGUUGGCAUUUUUGGGGCAGUUCUCAUCCUGGCGACAGAUGGGUGAAAAUGGAAUACCGCCUUAACUGAACUUUGCACUUGAGAUUUGUUGCUUCUCAGGAAAACUGUAAUAGCUGAGAUAAUUUGGUGCCUGUGUUCUCAAUGGGAAAUUAAAAACACACACUCCCAAGAAUCAUUUGAUGGUUCCAAUAAUUUAUUUGAAAAGUCAUGUUUACAUUUGUCUGUUAUGCUCUGAUAUGACAUUAAGUACUCACACUGUUAAGUAUCUGAAAAAGGUCUUAAUGCUAGAUUUAUAGGGCUUUUAUUUUGAUAAGGUUAUUUGAUUUGUUUAUGUUUAAGGCAUCCAUCAAAAGUUGAAAUGGACAUUAUAUUGCAUUCAGAAAGGGAAAGUUACAGAUAGCUUAAUAUGGUUUGCAUUAUUGAAUGUAAAUUAUCAAUGAAAGUCUUACACAUAACUUUUUUACUGUAUACACUCAUGCUUGCGUUUGCAUUUAUAGCGCGUUAAAGUAGGUUAAGGCAGUGCAGUCAUAUUUCUAGCUCGUAUGCAAGUUAGCAAUAUACGAUUUACCUUGUUUGACUGUUUUAGCAUUAAGUAAGCUCUAAAAGUUAAAUUAUUGCAUGAAAUUUAAACCAAUAAUGUUUUUUUUUGUAUUUUUUAUAAUUCCAAAGGUCCAGAUUGUUACAGUUUGUACUUAAAGUUAAUAAAGUAUUUGCCCAG